AUGACACUAGUGUUUACAAAUUUCGGGGUCAAAUUAUGUGAUGGAGAAAGUGUGCUUAGUCUCGAAGUGAAAAGAGGUUUGCUGCAACUUCGACAUGUGAAGGAAUUCAAGGCCGCUAAAGAGUUAGAACAUCGAAGACAAGUUCAAAAGCAACAGAGUCAAGAUGCUAUGCAUAAACUUCGAGCAAAACAAACAUCACUCGGCAAAGGCUCCGGUGCAUUGGGGCUACUGGUACACGGACAACAAACAAAUCAACAAAAUCCCUUUCAUCAGCUGAUCAGUGGAGGUGUUUUAGGUGCAACGGUUCUUGCUAUGGCCGGUAAAGAACGAAAUACAGCUGUGCGAGAAACAGAAAAAGCCAGCACAUCGGUUGUCACUGGCGUGAAAUCAGAUGAGCCGCACACGCCUUGCACUGAAUCAGACAUGGUCACAAGUGAUGGAGAAAUUCGUGUGGGAAUCAAGCCCGCGUCUACUGGGACCAGUAUGGCCCGUCUGUGUGAUCAAACCACAAUAGGUAACAAUGUGAAUUUUAAACAGGAUCGCACAGCGGAUGGAUCCAAAUUGUCUGUAAAAGGGAUAGGGUCUACAAGCAGAAAAAGCGAUCAAUAUUUGAACCGAGAUUUCGCUGGUCCACGUUCAGGUCCGGUUGGAACAAGUGCAAUGUCUUCGAGGUUAUUGAAGUUACGUAACAAACUAACGAGAUCAAUAACUGUGGCUCAUUCUUCAGAGGCAAACAAAAGCCGAUUGUCUCCUCUGAGUAAAGUAUCUGUUGUUAGCUUACAAGGCACCCUCAGUGCGCCAGGUUUAUCACGGUGUAUGACUCAAGAACGCGACGAAGAUCGAAUAGCGGAUGACACCGCGACAGAAGAAGAGGAGGUCAGAUUGGUUCUAAAACCAACAUCCAGUUCUCCAAGUGAAACGAAAUCUUCAGUCGGUUUUCAUGAUAACCAAAAUAGAGUGCGUAUCAUUGAUGCUCAGCUAGUGCACAAUGGAUCAUUUGGUGAAAGAUAUUCUUCCGAAACCGGUGGCCUAGAAAUGACCGUGCAUCAUCCCCUGACCAGUAGUUAUGACUCAGUUGGUGUAGUAGAAAGUGGUUCAGCAAAGUCGAGGAGAUACUUCACCUCACAACAUGUUCCGAACGAGCCCGGCCCUACUGCAUCCUCCACUCCAACUAGGCAUGUUUCGGGAAUCAGCUCCAGUGCCAGCUCUCUAUCUCGUGCAAAAAGGAGACGGGAUAAUUUUCAAAAAGGCAGAAGCUCUGCAUUCACGUGGAUACCAAGUAACACUAUUGGUGAAAGGUCUGAAGGUCCUACCGAGCAAGAAGCACCAGUACAUCCAAGUGAACCUGUUGUUUGCAUGGAGAAAAAGCUCAGUGUUAUUUCGAAUGUGAUUCCCAAACUGCCCGAUGUGCUCAUCCUGAGUAAUCAGGAUGCAAAGCCAGACGGGUCGGUAAAAGAAUCACCAUUCAGUACAUGCAAAAUCCUUGAGUCACCACAGACGUAUCCAAUUCAAACCUGUGUAAAUUCAACAGAACCGUUAGUGAAAGAACCCAGUAAUCGCAAAAGAUCAAGUGAUGUUCCACUCUUACAAGUUGAAGAUUUCAAUCAGGCGGAGGAUUCCACAACAGAAAUUUCUCAACUACAACGCAGUUCUUUUUCCUCAUUAGUUGAUGCAUAA